AUGUCAAUAGCACUUAGUCUAAAAGAAGAUUCAUUUAAACUUGAUGAUCCCAUCUCUAAUAUAAGUGAAAGAGUGUCUAAAAAAGAAUAAAUUGAAAUGAAACGAUAAUUAGAUAUUAUGAUUAAUCGAAUUAAAUUGCUAGCCAUCUAAAAAUAAAGAUUGUAUAUUUAAACAUAAUAUAGACAAGUAAAAUAGUAACAAACUGAAGUUAAAAUUGAAUAUAUUAAUAAUAUUCGAAAUUAAUAUAAUUAGCAUUCUGAGAGAGUAUAAAAUUUUAUUAAGAUAGAUGUAAAAAAGCAAAGAGACAAGAAAUUAAUCUCUGCAACUCUAUAGAGAUAUGAAAAAGUAACAAAAAUAAGAUUAGAUUAAACUUUAAUAGCAAAUUCGUCUUACAAUUUAAUAAUAAAAACAAUAAAAAUUUUAAUAAAUGAAACUAUAAUCAUUAUAAUAUGAUAAAUUUAUUACUCUUUAAAAAGAGAGAUCCAAAUCUUUUAAUGUUGAGAAAAAGCAUAAAGUUUAAUAAUAAGAAUAAUAGAUAUAAUAAAAUUUGGAACAAUUUAAACUAUUAAAAUAACAAUAAUUCAAAUCAUAGCAUAAAUAAGUUGUGUUAAAUAAUUAUUUAAAAAAAGCAAAUGAUUUUGUGAAAAUACAUUAAUUAUAGGAUUUAGAGAAAAGUUUAUUAGAUUCUUUGAUAAGUUCUACCAAUUCUUUUAAAAAGAUUUGA